AUGAUUCACACUCUGAUUCUCACUGUGGUUUUACUUCACACUGGAGAUGGAACUUGGAUUAAUAAACUGAAUAUAGCAGUGAAAUCUGGAUCACUAGGCAUUAUUCCAUGUCUAUAUGAAGAAAAACACAAAGCAAACCACAAGUAUUGGUGUUGGGGGUCUGUUUGGAGCUCUUGCAAAACAUUAGCAUAUGUAAAUACAUUUACAGAUGGAAAUAAAUUUUCCAUCACUGAUUAUCCAGGCCAGAGUAUUUUUACAGUGAAUUGGAAGAAUCUGCAGCUGUCAGACUCUGGAUAUUACUGGUGUGCUGUGGAGAUCGGUGGCUCUGAGAUACUAGAUGCUGGUUAUUAUUUAUAUCUGACAGUACAAUCAGCUCCUGAUGUGUUUGUGAAGAGCAGCAGUGUAUCUGGACAUGAAGGUGAUGAUGUCAGAGUUCAGUGUUUCUACAGUUCAGAAUAUAAGGCUAAAAACAAACAAUGGUGCAGAUGUAAAGAUAAGAGCUGUUUAUACCCAAAGAAGAAAACUUUUACACCCCAGAGUUCAUCAGUGCAGAUCAGUGAUGAUGGUGAAAGCUCCUUCACAGUGCUGAUGACUGGACUGAGACUCUCUGAUUCUGGAUGGUAUUUUUGCUCUGUUGGAGAUCUGCAGGUUCCUGUUCAACUCACUGUCACUAAACCUGAACACAAAGCAGCCAUGACUACUGGUUCAAGACCCAAAGCACAUGUAGAAGAUCCCCAUCGCUCUCCAACACCAGAUUCAGAGACUAAUGCUGGAAAAGACAACAAGGAUGAACAAAACAAGUAUGAUGUGAUUUUGAUCAUUUGUGUUGUAGCAACACUUACGAUUUUACUGCUCGUUGCUCUUUUUGCCAUAGUAAUCUGCAGGAUGAGAAAGAAUACAGAAGGUGAUCAAAUUAGAGAAGAACGCUUUGACAGCAGCACUGUUAAUACCAUGCCCUCUGAAAACCAAAUGACAUCUAUCAGUCCUGCAGAAGCUGAUUCUUCUGCUGAUGAUGGUGCUGUGGUCUACAGUCUUGUCUCCUUUAAGACACGUUUAUCAUCAGUGGAUGCAGAAGCUGAUGUGCUCUACAGCGCUGUGAUGAAAGAUCGCAAAACUGUGAGUUCAUAA